AUGGGGAAGUCAAGCAUACUGUUUGGUGUGACUGUGUGCCUGUAUGCCCUACUGUCAAGUGGCACUUCAUCCAGUGGGUACGACAGGCGAUGGCUGAUGUCCCUGGUCGACCUGGUGGAGUUGGAUUACGAGGACCACUGCGAGCAGAGAGCGGUCGCCAGCUGGGAAGAAGUUACCGGUGGCAGUGAAGGCCUCGCCAGCAAGUUGGAGAGGGAUAAAGCGUUCGGAAUAUUCUCGAGGCAGCAAACGGCAGACGUGAAGAGCGCCAUAACUUCCCAAGCGCUCUCUUCUGACGACUUGCUGAGGAGGAAGGUGAAACUUCUUCUGCAGCCGGGGGACACGUUACUCGGGACGGAACAAUGGAUUAGGCUCGUAACUUUUGGCAAUACUGCGCAACAUAAACUGCGAUUUGCCACGGAUUACGAUUGUGGAGCCAACACUAAUUGCACCCGGACAGAAUUUAAUAGAAACGUAGCAAAGCAACAAGAUGAGGAUGUCGCACUUCGCAUGAAGAGGUCAUGGGAGCAACGCCUCCCGGAUCUCAAAGAGUACUUAGAACAAAUCCUUCCGUUACUUCGGAACGCUUCCAAAGAAAACGGUUACAAUACAGUAGAGGAGUAUUGGGACAACCUGAGUGAGUAUGAGGGUGCAAUGUUAAAAGCACGGGAGAUUUGGGAUCACGUGAGACCUUUGUACGUUAAGUUACAUAAGUAUAUAGCUCUAAAGCUGAGAGGCGCAGAUGCUGUCGGUAAACCGUUACCUGUUCACUUAUUAAGAUCGUUGAAUGGUGACGACUGGUCCAACCUUAUAGAGAGCUUGCUACCGGAACAUUCCGACAUAUAUAAAAAAAUUCACGCGAAUUUGCAAAUUAAGGACCUCGGUGGUUUGAAAGCAUUCAAGGAGGCUGAGAAGUUAUUGAAAGAUUUAGAACUCGGUGAGAUCGAGCCGGAAAUAUUUGCAGAGUCACAAUUUAAUGGUAUUUGCCCCACAACUAUUGUGGACUGGUGCAAGCCAAAUAAAGUAAGAUUUGUUACGUGCGCGGACGUGAACAUUGGCAACUAUAUGGAGGCUCAUGAGGCAGCUACCAAGAUAAAGUACAAAAUAACAUCCGCGUUACAUAGUAACAAUACUUACGUACUGAGAGAAGCAGCAAGAUAUUCAGCUAUAUACGAAGCAAUUCCAGCAUUUAUAUCUCUUCUGUCCCUAAAUCCACAUACAUUAGAUAGGGCUAAACUGUAUCCAUUAGAGAGAUUUAACUUUAAUCCUAACCAUCAUCGUCUCGUAUUGCAGUUGAUAAUUGCCCUUAGAGAUUUGCCAAAGCUUAACUUUUAUAUUGCUGCGGAUGAGUGGAGGUUAAAAGUCUUGAUGGGUGAAAUUCCAUCAGUAACGGCAGUAAACAGUUGGAGUGAAUUCCGUAAAAAUUUCUCAAUGAUAGACACUUCUAACAAUGAUUUAUUAGGCGAUCCGUACAUUUUAUUCAAUAGACCGUUCAUUGGGAAAUUUUUGGGCCUCAUAUUAAAAUAUCAAAUUUAUCAAUCCUUUGCUGAGGAACUAAUAUCGGAUGAUUACGACCUAGUUAAACACGUGGCGGAAAAAAAUGAACGUCUUAUAGAACCAAUGAUCAGAGGGUAUAGUGCUGUAUGGCCUGAAAUGAUAAGUGACUUACUAGCAAAGCGGGAAAAUAGCUUAGAAUAUACUGGACUCACUGACUACUUUAGACUAUUGGAUGAAUAUUUAGACUACCAGCUAGACCCAUCUGCUGAAAGCAACAACUUAGAUGAGUACGUCGAUCCCCCGGAGAGUGAGCCUGAUAAUGUGGGAAGAAAAGUUCCCGAUGGAAAUGAUAUUCAGAACGUUGAACGGGAACAAGAUCAAAAAGCAAAUGAAGAUGAAACACACGAAAGCAUAAUUGAUAACGUGAUAGAUACUGGUGAUGACACUAACUCAAAACUAGGACAUGAAACGUCGACUGUCGGCGUGCUUGAGAUAAAGAAUCCAGUCGCGUCCAGUGAAAACGAGAAUGUCACUCCAAAAGAGGCUUCUUACAACACUUACUGGUGGAUUGGCAUAGCAGUGGCACUGGUUGUCGUAGUAUCGCUAGUAGCAAUUAUAGUCCGCAAACGCCACAACCACAGGAAACAGUUAGAGCGACAGAGAAGAGAAAACUCCCGUGCC